AUGUCAUACCCCAACUCCACUUUGCGAAAAAGACGUUCGAUCAAAGAUCUUUUCAAUAUAACUUGGGACGGUGAAGCUCCUUACGAUCCUGAUCAACCUCCCUAUCCCGAUUCAACAGAUACAUUCCCACCUCAACCUUCAGACUUUGAAGUGAAGAAAAAACGUUCGAUAUCAUUUUUCCGGAAAGGCGAUCAGGAUCAAACACAAGUUGACGAGAGUGUAGAGGUUAACGAGAUAUCUCGACCUCGUCCUAGACGAUCAUUCUCUUUGUUUCGACCUUCCACCCCAACGACUCCAGCUAUUGAUCUCUUUGGAGAAGGUAUCACCACUAUCGAGCAAUACCCAUAUCACCAAGACGUAGAGGACCAAGAACGAGAGGACAGACAAGAUUACGAUAUACCUUCCCCUCCUUAUACUCCUAUAACACCGACGACAUCAAAUAAACCUACCAAGAAACGAUCUUGGUUCAACCUCCGACGAAAAGAAUCUUUUCCAGUAGAAACGGAGACGACAGUGGAACAACCUACCACACCAGAAGAUAUGGAUACUUUCGUUCAUCAUACUUCCUAUUUCCCGGAAUACGAACCUAUCUUCACUCCAUCAUCUCCUUUCUCUAAAACUACCACGGCUGCCGUUUCCACUCAGAUCACUCCUAACGCUCAACCCGUGAACCCUGUUCCACCUCCACCUGACCAAUUUCCACAUGACGAAUACCAUCAUCAUCACCACCACCAACAACAACAACAACAUCACCUUCAUUGGAACACAGGUAACAAGUUGAAAAAAGGAAAAGUUCAUUUCCAUCCUGAUCCUCAUGUCGACGCUUAUCCAACUCCCGAAACCACCCCGGUCAAAGUGACAAACCCUAAAGAUGACGCAACAACUAUCAAAGGGAUGCCUCACGUACAUCCUCUCUUACAACAAAAUUAUACCAAAGGUGCGGAUUGGCAUCAUCACGAGUCAUAUUUCCCAGAAUACACGCCGAUCUUUCCUCCCAUUUCUAAAUACACAGGGACGGCGACUCCUUAUAUGAUGUCGGCAGCUGAAAAACAAGCCACAUGGCAUUCUAAAACUUUGGGACAUGCCGUGACUGUGCAUUAUCCUGAUUUACCAAGUUGGGCCGAUUAUGGAAAGAACAUACCCAAGACACAAGGUAGUUGGCAGAGUGGAAGAUGGGGUGUGGAAGGUUGGACAGGGUAUGGAUAUGAUGGAGAGAAAUUACCUAAUGCUCAAGGAGAGACGUUCGGAGCACCAAUGGAUAAAGGUGUGCUAUCGAAAACGGGUGAUGAUGGGAAAGGUGGAGGGAAGGGGAAGAAGGGCAAGGGUGGUGGAGCGAGUGGGAAGGGUGAAGGAGAUGGUGAUGGUGAGGAUGGGGAUGGAGGUGGUGAUGAAGAUGAGAAAGGUGAGGAAGGUGGAGGUGAAGGUGGGACGGAAGAGGGAACUGGACAAGGCAUCGGGGGUGGAUCUAAUCCCAGUGGGGGUGGAAGUGGUACUAGUGCUUCUCAAGGGGGACAAGGGGGAGGUGGGAAAAAGGGUAAAAACAAGAACAAGAAGAAUUGA